CUGAUGUUACCUACAUACGACAAAAUACAUAUGGGAAACCCGGAUUAUUGAUUUUCCGCCAGAGAAAGGAAAUCAAUAAUCAUCCUCAAAGCGGUAGCGUGACUACUGAAAGCUCUAUAAUAAAAAAGUAGUUUGAACUACCUCAAUGUUAUCUCUGCAAUGAGGGAUGGGUGAAGCAUUUACUGGAACAUACACAAUGGGUACAUUUUCAACUUUCGGGUAACACAAGGAAUGCAACCGAUACAUAUCACGACUAACAAUAAUGGAUUAAGCUAAGUAGAGAGCGAAACAUUUUUGACAAAAAGAUGUGUGAGGAAUCGGCUUGUCUAGUGCCUCCUCUGGAGACCGGGCAAAAUGGACAGGCGGAAACUCGACGUAUGUUGCUACAGUUGCCAAUGUUUUGCAUGCCAACAUCGUUCUCGGUUUCAUCACCAACUGGUGUUACAAUCGGUGUGGGCCACCAGAACCUGUCCAGCGGCAACGGAGAAGCAUUGGUCGGCUUUCACGAAGACGCGCUGUCUCAAGCUGCAACGGGGAAAGCGCAGCUGUUGCUGGCGAUUGCGCUCGGGCUUGGCCUGGCAGCUGAUUGCUCGGAGAUCACCAUCUUAGGGUACAUCAUGCCUGCAGCUGAGCUGCAGCUUUGCAUUGGGGAACAUAGGAAGGGAUGGUUGGUAUCAAUUACAUUACUCGCCAUGGCCGGAGGAUCCUUGGCGUGGGGGAUUUUAGGAGAUCACUUAGGAAGACGACGAGCUUUGAUAAGCGCACUGGCGGUCGCAGCUUUAUUCUCAGCUGUUGCUUCAGUUAUGCCAACGUAUGGCACUUUCAUGACGGCAAGGUUUUGUUCUGGGCUGGGCGUAUCUGGAGCAUUUCCUUUGACCUUUUCAUAUUUGACCGAGACUUGUUCCCGUUCGACCAGAUCACGCUAUGCCGGAGUCCUCCAUUCAUUUUGGCCCUUAGGAGCUAUCUUCACAUCUAUUUUAUCUCACAUGACGAUGCCUACUGGAGGAGCCGACAUCGUGGAGGACAACAGUGAACAUUGGAGUUCCUGGCACAAGUUCUUGAUUCUGAGCAUUCUUCCGGAGGUGGCUUGCAUUGUAGGUCUGAUCUGGGCAUCCGAGUCACCCAGAUACCUGUUGGAGGCCUCACGAGAGGUUGAGGCAUUGGCUGUAUACCAAAGGCUGCACAAGUUAAAUAAAGCCCGUACACAGUACGGACUGACUGAGCUGGAGUUGCCAGGCAGAGCCGCUUACAGGGACAGGCCAGCCAGCCCUUCUAGGAAUGUUAUCAAUCAUGGUCUUGAAACGUUUCGCCAAGCUUUUCAAAGGGUUUCAUCUCCAACUCAUUUUCGCACAACGCUGCUACUAGCUAGUCUGCAUUUCCUGCUUGGUUUCUUAUAUAUGGGAAUAUCUGCGUUUUCCUCAACAAUCAUCAAGGAUCUACGAGAACAUGAGUAUUUUCUCCACAAGCAAUACGUAACAAAUGACAAUUUUAGCAGGAUAUACGUAAAUCAUACGAUGGAGAACGUUGAAUACAGGAGCACAACAUUUUCGAAUGCAACUUUUUCUCAUAUGAACUUGAAUCAUGUGGAUUUCGUUAACUGUACUAUCGAGGAUUCUGAGUUCAAUAGUGUAAAAGCCUCGGUAUCCUACUUCAAAGACACUACGAUAAAGGACUCAAGGUUUAUAGACACAGACUUGACUGACCACCACUUUAUAAAUUGUAAUCUGAUCAACAACACAUUCCUGUCUCUUGUAUCAGGUUGUAAUGUGGACUUUGAUUACAACAUCUACCUUGAGGAUUUAUAUGAUGAGACUCUUGCUUGGGCUGGAUUUAUGUUUCCUUCCCUGUUCUUCAUGGGCUUCGUAUUGGAAACUGCUACCAGACCUCCUGUAGCAACGAUUGCCUGUGCUCUAACCGCGGCUGCAUCUGCAGGGAUGUUUGCAGCUAAUGCAGCAUUUUGGGUAACAACUGUAGAAUUGGCUGUCAAAAUUUUACUGGCGUGUGCAUUGAACGCCGUAACCAUGACUGUUGUGGAGGGUUAUCCGUGUCACUUGAGAUGUACUGCGCACGGUAUGAUGCGCAGUUUGUACCAUAUAGCAUCCCUUUGUGCCAUUCCUAUAUAUAGUAUGCUAGUCCAUAGCAUGCUGCUAUUUCCUACGAUCCUAACAAUCUCUUUAGCUAUUAUCACAGCUUUGCUAUGUACGAGGAUACAGGAUAAUAGUAAAGUACUUUUGUAAAUGUGCGUGUUUAGUAGUGCGUUUUAAGAUCUACAUAACUGGUGAUACAAGAAAUUGAUAUUUUUUAUGAAGAAUGCGUAAUAUGUGAAAAAAAACAGUAUUGCAAGUAGUAACAUGUUAUGUUCCAAUAGAUGAAAAGCAUUUAAUAGUCCUUAUCGAGCAAAGAAGUUAAUUAUGAUUGAUCCGGCAGUUUUUUUUGUUAGAUGGCAAGUCUCUCCAAGUGUAUGUCAUAAUGCUCUGUCACGUGUAUGGUUCAUAUCACGGUAGUGCUGCAUUGCGUCAUAAUUAAUCGAUCAAACGAACUUACCUUAAGUGAAGUUCGAUCGUAAUUAUACGAGGGUCCAGUCCGAAGACAUCACUUUGUUUAUUUACUAUGUAGUCCGGCCCUGGAGUACUAGCCGCACACUAAGUUAAAAGACAAGAGAUCCCCGCUCCCGUACCGUCGCGCUCCGGUCUUGCACGUUGAGUCAUUUGCUAAAAGAAAUGGUACUUGCUCGCAACUUGGGAGGGUUGAAAAAAGGGGUGGGAGUGAUGUCUUCGGACUGGACCCUCGUAUAAUUACGAUCGAACUUCACUUAAGGUAAGUUCGUUUGAUCGAUUAAUUAUACUUUAGGUCCAGUCCGAAAACAUCACUUUGUUUAUUUACUAUGUAGAUGUUUAAAGAUAGAACACAGUUGCGAGCGAUCUGAUGGUGUUAUAAAGUGGAAUCAAAGUGUUCAGAAACGACAAAACCAUAUAUUUAGUAUUCCUAUGUAACAAACAUAAAAUAAAUUCUCAAAUUGUAACAAACUCUUAAGAGUAUUAGAGCUUAACUAAUCAGACCAAUUUUAUAUCUAGGAUUGCACUUGCAAACUCAUUGUUUGGUUGUAGAGGACGAUUAUAAAAUCUUGCAAACGUGGAACGUUGCGUCCAACCACCUGUUUUACAUAUGUUAUCUACGGAAACGCCUUUUCUUAACGCCUCAGAAGUCGCCGCAUGCCUUACUGAAUGAGGCGUAAAAGGUGUUGUGUCUACUCCUGCAGAGGCAAGGGUCUGUUUUACCCAUCUGCUUAAAGUGUCUUUAGACGCCCUGCCAUGGGGUUUUUUCCCUGUCACAAAUAGGAAAUCGUUAUUGGGUUCUCUUAAAGAAGCCGUUCUAUCAAUGUAUUCUUUCCGGAUUGUGGCCACGCAAAGAAAGGGGUUUUGUUGAAAAAUCGGGAUGUGCAGAGUGGGUUGAGGUUUUCCAACUCUACUGGUUUUAAUUGGAUCCGAUAUAUUAAUAGUUGAUUCACUGUGACCAUGGAUUAUAUUUGACAGACGUAUAAGAGAUAUCGACUGGAGUUUUUCUCCUGCUAUCAGGGCUAAUAACGUCGUUAAUUUCUGAGACAGAGUUUGAAGUUUAAGCGGUGAUGAUAACUUCUCUAAAUAAUUUAGAAGGGGUAUAGGGUCCCAGGUGGCAGUAUACUUUGGUCGUGAAGGCCGUAAGCGAGAGAUGCCUUCUUUGAAGCGUUUAAUUAUCGGAUUAGAGGCUAAAUCCUUUGAGCCAAUUAAUGAAAGGGCAGAUGUAUGGGAGUUAAAAGUACCAUACAAGGUUUUGAUUAUUUGUCAAUUCUUGCAAGAAUGACACCACUUCUUUGAUUGUGGGAUUAAAAAGCGAAAUGUCAUUACUGAAGCAAUAACCCCACCAUAAUUUAUACGAACUGUUAUAUUGUUGUAAUGUGGAAAUGCGUAAAAAUAAAAUCUAUUCCAGGGAAUCAUAAACGCAUCAAUAUAUGCAUAUCCUGGAUCUCUAUGCCAGGAGACAUAUAACUUGCAUUUAGCAUUUGUAUGGGAAGCAAAAAGAUCAAUCUCCAGGUUUCCGAAAACGGUGGUUAAACGGUCGAAGGCGGUUUGACAUAACGACCAUUCCGUUUCCAAAUUCAAACUCCUGGACUCGGUGUCUGCUAUAACAUUAUCCUUCGAAGGAAUGUAUGAGGCGAAGAGCCAGAGGUUCCUUUGCUCACACCAUUGCCAAAUUUGUUUUGACAACGAACAGAGGUCUGGGAAUUGAACACUCCCCAUUUUGUUGAUGUAUGAAACAGCUGUCGUGUUGUCACAUCUAAUUAGAAUAUUGCAGUUUUUAAAAUUUUUGGCGUAGCACUGAAUCCCGUACAAAAUAGCCCAUAACUCCAAAUUAUUUAUAUGUAACCGUUUUUGAGAGUCAUACCAGAAUCCAUGGGUUCUGUCAUGGCCACAACCAGCACGCCAUCCUGUAAGUGAUGCGUCGGUAAAAAUUGUUAUAUGAAAGGAAUCAUACCUGAUGUCAUUGAAGGCUUUUGAAAUAUGAUUUGUCCACCAAAAAAUAUCUGGCUUUAUGCUUUCAGGGAUAGGCUUGUUUUCGUCAGGAAGUUCUAUUUUUAAAUGGACACUAUCUAUCAUAAAGCCUAGAAAUUUUAUGUAAGUGGUAGGUACUAGGAUGCUUUUGUUUUUAUUGAUUACAAGACCUAACGAUUUUAAAAGACAAAUGGUUGUGUUGACGUGUUUGAGACAGGAUUCAUAGGAAUCUCCAAAUAUUAGGAAAUCGUCUAGGUAAUUGACUGUAGAGAUGCCUAAAGUGCGGAGAAAAGAGGCGACUGGCUUCAUGAGUUUUGUGAAGCAUAACGGAGCUGUACAUAACCCGAACAGUAAGCAGGUAAAUUGGUACAAUUGACCUUCAAAUUGAAAUUUAAGGAAUGUUUGAUGGUCAUUGUGAACGGGUACCAAAAAGUAUGCAUCUUUCAAGUCAAUUGUGCACAUAUUCACGUUUUUGUGAAUCACUUUAAUAGCCGUUCGUAGGUCCUCCAUUUUAAAAUGCGGACAUUCCACAUAUUCAUUUAAUUGUUUUAGAUUUAAAAUAAAUCUUUUUCCACCGCUGGAUUUAUCUGCUAGGAAACAUGGAGAGAUAAAUUGUUCGGGCCUUGACUCAGAUUUGAGUAUGGCUCCGGACCUUAACAAAUCGUUUAUAGCUAAUCUUACUAGCGAUGUUUCUGUAGGGGAAACAUUAUUUUUAACCAAGUGGUGGCAUGAUGGAGGGUUGUCUUUAAAGGGAAUCCUAUAACCUUGAAUCCAGGAUACGACUGUCAAAUUUGAGGGUAGUUUGGACCAAGAGUCCAAAUAAAACUGUAAACGGCCAGCAAACGGAACUUGUUUUACCUUCAGCGUUUCCUGGUUUGCUGUUGUCUGAUCUGAGGAAACUGUUUCGAGGAAUGGCCCUUGUAUUGUCUCACCUCCCUCUUGCGGUAAGACGGGCGAUACCUGUUUAAAGGUCCUGCAUUCUUGGACGAGCUGCCCCCCCUCUUCUUUCUCUGAUUGAGAGCUAGUGCGUGAGGGGAUAGAAGGCAAACGUAAUUCAUGUCCUGCCUUUUCCAAUGAUUUCAAAUUUUUUGCUCGUUUACCUAAAUCUAGCCCAAACAAAAAUUCACCAGGUAUGGUAUUUUCAGUCAGUUCUUUAACUGAUUUCUUAAGUACUGGGCUAAUUAAAUAUUUCCUUGUUUUCGAAAUAUCGUGGAAAAGAGCCGCCAAUAUUCGGGCAGAAUCUGUCAAAGACUUUUUCCCUGACAAGACUCCUCAAGAAACUGGGAGAAUUAACCUCCAAAUCCCCGCUUAUUAAAUUUAACUAGGGCUAUCAGUUAUGAAAAAUCAUCGGGACGCGAAUGCAUAACAAAUAAUUACUGGAUUCGUAUUUUGUUUGUGUCAGUAACAGUACAUUUCACUCAGUUCGAGAAGCUGUUAAGAAAAUGUAUUGACAGUUUUGUAUAAAAAAUGCACUUUAUUUAUUGGCGAUUGUGCAUAUUUUGUGUGGGGGGGUGCAUGUUGUGCAUAUGUUCGUAAAAUUGUGCAUAAUAUGCACAAUUGUGCAUGUCGGAACAUCCCUGGACCUUGAACGUCUACGGCUCAUCCGAGAACGAGAACGCCUAAAGUAAUUGGGGCGAAUCGGCACGAGACCUCGACCUGCUGCUUCUACCCUCAAGUUCCUGGUGUAAAAUGUCUUUAGGGAUGCUGGAUUCGUCUUCCAAGAUAACGUUGAGUGCUUUUCCCAGGGUGGUUAGUCCGUUACCAAUGUGCAAUUGGUACCCGGAGUGAGUGGAAUCCUUAGUUAAAUGUGUGGAUGAAAAAAUAGCUUUCACUUCGGGAUUUACUUUUGGAGGACGUGAUAAAGCGAAAUUAGAUGGCACAUUUUGUUUUUCGCUAAGGAUAGAACUAUCUUCGGCGGAUAGCCCGUUUGCCAAAAUAUGGGACCACCUGGAGGCUAGGGCACCGUGAAGUUUAAAACUAGACGUAUUAGCCUUUUCAGGAUCGGCACCCAGGAUAUUUAAUGUGUCCUCUGAUAAUGGCAUACAAUCGGCAUCGUCAAGUAUCAAAACGUCGUCCAUACUGUUUUGCGUUGUUGGCGCCGCUCCCACAUCCGGCCCUGUCAGUACCUGAGCUUCCGGCUUGCACGGGGAACGACCAGCUAGGCCUACCUGACGCUGUGCAUUAUCAGCUGGGCUGAAUGAAUUCUGUUUUUUUCCCGCACAUAUUCUUGUCUCUCUCUACAUCGCUUCGACACGCUCGGUGAUCGACUACGACUGAUGCUACUCCGCGAACGGGACCUUGACAGUGUUGUUCUCGAUAGAUUUUGAAUUAUGCAAAGAUGUCAAUAGAAAUUGUGCAUAUUUCUUUAAAAAUGUGCAUAUAUGAUAUAUGUAUACUAAUUUUCUGGCGCAGCCGCCAAUUUCAAAAAACUGAAAUUUCAUGGAACCAUUGACGUGGUCCCUGCCGCCAGGUGUUUCUUCCAUGGUUUUCUGCUAAGUAUAUCUUAUAUUAUAUAUAACGUGCUACUAGAUGAGCAACAAAACAACCCAUUGUUGUACAUACUUACCAACCUACUCACCAAGCACUAAACCGAUUUGAAAAAGGAAUCGCGUAUUUUACGUGUUUCCUAACGCACAAACAAGCCGGGCGACCGUACGGCUGUAACACCAAAAAGCGAAUGACUCAACGUGCAAGACCGGAGUGCGACGGGACGGGAGCGGGGAUCUCUUGUCUUUUAACUUGGUGUGCGGCUAGUACUCCAGGGCUGAACUACAUAGUAAAUAAACAAAGUGAUGUCUUCGGACUGG